AUGCCCCCUGCCCCGGGUCUGGCGCCGGAGCCGGUGACACCGGUGGCCAAAGCCCUGGGCUGGGCUUGGGGGAGGCCCAGCGUGGACGAGGCCCUUUCCCGUGAUGCAGGAAACCAGGGGUCACUUUUUCCGCGGGUCGGGUUUCCAGCUGGGCUGUGGGGCGCUGGCCGCCAGCCGCCGCGGAGGGGCGGAGGACGUGGUCCGGGCAGGCCGGGCUGGGACAGGUUGCCACGUCCUGCUCUGAGCCCUUCCCCGGGGAGGCCUGGCCUGGCACUGCCCCGAGCCUCUCCCAAGGCCGCGCAGGCAGUCGGUGGCAGAGCUGGGAUUCGAACCCGAGCCUGGCACCUCUGCUCUGCACAGCGGGAGGCACUGGGGGUGGCGGGGCCUGGUGCACAGGACUCCUGGGUCCCCUUCCCAGCUCCUCUCCAUGCCAGGGGGUGCUGCGGGCACCUCCUGGGGGUGUCGUGGCUCAGGGGGCCUGACACGGGUGAGGAGAGGAGGGUCAGCUCUGCCCAGCGGCCUCCAGCUCCCUCGGCUGCGCCUGCAGACCAGGCACGGGGGGCUGCGGCCGACGGCUGCCCCCCUCCGCCCCGCCAGAGGUGCAAGGCGGGCCAGGCCAGGCCUGAGGCCACUCACGGCCACGCCGCACGUGUGUUGCAGACAGGGCGCGUGGAUAAGAACCACCCGCUGGUGACCGGGCACACGGCGCCCAUCCUGGACAUCGACUGGUGCCCGCACAACGACAACGUCAUCGCCAGUGCCUCCGAGGACACCACCGUCAUGGUCUGGCAGAUCCCCGAUUACGUGCCCAUGCGCAACAUGACGGAGCCCGUGGUCACGCUCGAAGGGCACUCGAAGCGCGUGGGCAUCCUCACCUGGCACCCCACUGCCCGCAACGUGCUGCUCAGCGCAGGUGGCGACAACCUGGUGAUCCUGUGGAACGUGGGCACGGGCGAGAUGCUGCUGCGGCUGGACGAGGUGCACACCGACCUCAUCUACAACGCCUGCUGGAACCGCAACGGCAGCCUGCUCGUCACCACCUGCAAGGACAAGCGCGUGCGCGUCAUCGACCCCCGCAAGCAGCAGGUCGUGGCGGAGAAAUCCAAGCCGCACCAAGGCGCCCGCCCCGUCCGCGCCAUCUUCAUGGCCGAUGGCAAGAUCUUCACCACCGGCUUCAGCAAGAUGAGCGAGCGGCAGCUGGCGCUCUGGGACCUGGUACGGCGCGGUGCUGCCCGGCUCUGGACGCUGCCGCGUGCCGCAGGGCCCGGACGCCUGGGUCCUACGAGAGGAGGGAGUGCUCGCGGGUACACGGGAGCGUUGCAGACUCAGGGCCCAUCCGUGCGCCGCGUCCUGGGCACCCGCGCUAACCCUCUUCCCCCCCCAGGAGAGCCCGACUCCAGCAUCGUCUACCUGUGCGGCAAGGGGGACAGCAGCAUCCGGUACUUCGAGAUCACGGACGAGCCGCCCUACGUGCACUACCUGAGCACCUACAGCAGCAAGGAGCCGCAGCGCGGCAUGGGCUUCAUGCCCAAGAGGGGCCUGGAUGUCAGCAAGUGCGAGAUCGCCCGGUUCUUCAAGCUGCACGAGCGGAAGUGUGAGCCCAUUGCCAUGACGGUGCCACGCAAGUCCGACCUGUUCCAAGACGACCUGUACCCCGACACGCCGGGCCCCGAGCCUGCGCUGGAGGCGGACGAGUGGCUUUCGGGGAAGGACGCGGAGCCCAUCCUCGUCUCGCUGCGCGAUGGCUACGUGCCCGUCAAGAACCGCGAGCUCAAGGUGGUCAGGAAGAACGUCCUGGACAACCGGCCACCGCUGGGGCCGCGCCGCAGCCAGUCCUCCUGCGACGCCAACUUCUCGCGCCUGACGCUGGAGGAACUGCUGGAGGAGAUCCGGGCGCUGCGACAGGCCGUCCAGGCCCAGGAGAAGCGCAUCUCUGAGCUGGAGCACAAGCUGGGCCAGUUCACCAACGGCACGGACUAGCGGCCCCCGCCCCGCGGCCGGCCAGGACUGGGCCCAGCCCUGCUGACGGGAUUAAAACCCAAGCCCGAGCGGGGAAGCUGAGCCGUGUUCUUUCCCGGGGCUGCGGGGGCGCGUGCCCUCGGCCACCCCGGUACCGCUCCCCGCCGCGGCCCCCGGCGAGACACGGCCGUGCCCUGCGAUGGACUGCGAUGGAGCCCUGUGCUCCAGGGGCUCCCGAGGGCUCGCCUCCCCCCCGCGGGGUGUGGGGUGCAGGACGGGUCCCUAGGCCAGGGGCCGGGUGCUUGCAGGGAAAGGCCUCAGUUUGCUCCGUGGGGCAGGGGCGCUGUGCUGUGCUGUGCUGUGCUGUGCUGCGCGUGCUGGGGUCCAGCCCCCGGGGGCAGACAGCCUGGGGCCAGCUCGGCCCGGGUGGCAGGAGUGGCUCUGAGGGCACCGGACCUCAUGGGCAGAGCCAGCGACUUAGGGACCCAGCUGGGGUCCGGGGGGUCCAUGGGGGGCAGGGGCCGGGCUGACGGGCCAGGCCAGCCGUGGGCGUGGGGGUGUCCUCGGGGCACCUGUGACCUCAGGGCCAGUCAGGGGCAUCUCGCUGCCCGGGGUGGGGGUGCCCGCAGGCAGGGCGCUGAGCCCCACUGGGGAUGCAGCGAGCUUAGGGAGCGCUCGAGGCUGCAUCCAUCCACCCCCUCAGCAGCUCCACGGCCCCCGCUAAUAAACGGCUAAACGCUC